AUGGCCAAUAAUACUAAUGACGCUGUACACAAGACACCUCCCCGUAACUCUGCCUCGUCUGCCCAUUCGGAGGCUGGGCUUAAAUCCACCCCACUCGCAGUUGGCUCCGCUGUUGUCAGCGAAAAUAUCAGUACUGUUGGCGUUGAAGUCAAUGAUGUCCGCCCAUGGAUCGCGAGGGACGUCCAAAACUUUGAGAAGUGUGAGGCAGAUACCAUGCUGCAGGUGCUCCUUGCAAGGUGCACAGGUUCUUCCCAAUAUCUUUCUGUCAGUGAGAAAUCGAAGCUGCUCAAAACUUCCCUCGAGGCUGUCUUGCCUAUCUGCAAUGUGGGGGCUGUGGCGCAAGAGAUCAAGGGACACCUGAAUGAAUUUUGUGAUACCGAGCGCGAAGUAGCGACAUAUGCUCCUUUCGUCAGAGCUGCCAACUGUGCACUCCAUGAACUGACCAAGGUGAAUUUAUAUGAAGUAUCUUCGUUCAAGGUCGACGACAAAACCAACAUCCUACUUCAUGUCAACGAUCCAAUGCCCAUAUACCAAAGCCACCAGGGCAAACAGUCCGAACGCAAGCCUGACGUUGUCGUCGUCUCUCAUCAAACUGCCCUGGAUGUGAAUGCACACCAAACACAAGACUCCCAGGUUCUUACCGAGACAGCGUGCAAACCACCCAAAGACAACUUUCAAUGGACCGGCGUGCGAUCAACAUUGGAGGUCAAACGCACCCGGAAGCUUCUGCCUCAUCCGCCGUCCGCUUAUAAGACAGAUUAUGUUGUUCCUACUCCUUCUGCGCAGUAUAUGGAGUAUAGGAAGAACGCCAACGGCCCCGCUGAGCCAACAGGUUCGACGCCUGCUACUGGGUCUGCCCAGACCCCCCACGAAACAUCGAACGAGUUAAGAACCUCGUCGCAACUCAGCAGAGGAGUCAAGCGCAAGCGAGCUGGCAACAAUGAAAAUGAGACCGAGGAGAAGGACCCGAAGAAACCCCACCCUGUCGUGCAGAACGGCUUGUAUGUUGCGGAGAUGUUCGCGGCUCAUAUCGCGCGGCAGCACGUCAUCUCCUUGAUAGUAAACAACGACCACAUUUACGUCUGGUUUUUUGAUCGUGAGACCAGCAUUCAAGGCGCCGCCAUUAACUUCGUUCAGGACCUUCCACGCUUUUUGGUCUUGCUUCUCAUCAUGCAGCGGAUGCGAUACGAACAGUGGGGCCUUAACCGGGUAUUUGAGCCAGAGCCCGGAUUUUCGGGCGAGGUGAUGGUUGAAGAUACGCAAAUCGGCCUCGAGCUGGAUGUGAAGUCUGACGAGCGCGUGACUCAUUUUGGUAUACGCGGACGUGCAACUACGGUAUUUCCAGUGAGGAGCAAGACACUAUCAGGUCUGGGGCGGGAUCCCCUUUUUCUCAACGAAUCCCCUGAGCUGGUGGCCAAGCUCUAUUGGCCAGAAGAGACGCGUCAGACCGAGCCGGACAUCCUCAACGAGGUCUAUAAGAUUGCGCAAAUAGAUCCGGAUGUGCGGGGCCACGUCCCAGAGCUGGUUUGGUUCCACAAGUUCAAAGAAACAUCCACGUCCGACAUCCGAGUCGCACUUGGGCUGAAGGACGCCAAACGGGCCAAACAGGGCAGCCGCGUCCUGUACAUCAUCAUAUUCAGAAAGCUUAUCCCAAUCACGACGCUUUCUGGCAAGGAGUUCCUGACCGCAUGGUGGCAAGUUGUGAAGUGCCAUCGUGCCCUCUGGAAAGGAGGUGUGCUUCAUCGGGAUGUCAGCCCUAGCAAUCUCAUGGGAUACCGCUUACGCGGUCAAUUCAUAGCUGUACUCAACGACUACGACCUAUCGUCCUUUAAACGUGAUGGUCCCAGCGGCCUCGAGCGCACAGGAACGAUACCAUUCAUGGCGGUAGAACUUCUCACGCCGGAAGCCAUGGCAGGCAAGGUCGAGCACGUGUAUGCGCACGAUGCUGAAUCGUUCAUCUGGGUCCUCACCUGGAUCUGCCUUCGGUAUGAAGGUGGUAACCUCAGCAAGAACGGGCCACUAGAAGGAUGGCUGAAAUCGAAUGCUACUCGAUGUAGGGAGCAAAAGAACGACUUUAGAUCAUCGACAUUUCGUACCAUGUGUCCAUCAGGAUCGCACGCAGUGUCCUGGGACGUUGUAAAGAAGUGCUUUGAGGCGAUCCACUUGCUUUAUCCACCAUCAGGGUACCGCAAACUGGGCGAUCAAUCGGCGUUCGAGUUAUUGCUUGAGGGACCUAUGCUAGAGCAUGACGGUCCUUCUUCUGCCGAGUAG